ACGCUCUAACUUCCUCCUUCUCGUCUGACGUGAACGCGCAUUUCUCUCCUCGUGCCCGAGCGCAACAUCACCGACUGCAACUUUUUUCUCUCUCUUCCAGUUUUAUUAUUUGUUUUUAUUCUAUUCACAUUUUUUAUUCAACGCAACCACAAUAUGUGGAAAUCUGUGGUGGGUCACAAUGUGAAUGUGAAGGUGGCGUCAGAGGGAGACGACUGGGAAACCGAUCCUGAUUUUGAGAAUGAUGUGUCAGAGCAGGAACAGAGGUGGGGAUCAAAAACCAUUGAAGGAUCAGGACGCAAAGAGCACAUCAGUGUGGCUGAUCUCAGACAGAAGGUGUCUCAGGAGCAUGAAGUCGUGAAGAAGAAGGAGCUGGAGAAAGGUCCUAAAGCGUCGUACGGAUAUGGCGGAAAAUUCGGCGUCGAGAAAGACAGGAUGGAUAAGGAUGCAGUGGGGCACAGCUACGUAGCACAGGUGGCGCAGCACUCGUCCCAAACAGACGCAUCACGGGGUUUCGGAGGGAAAUUCGGCGUACAGAAGGACCGUGUAGACCAGUCGGCUUUGGGUUUUGAGUAUAAAGGGGAAGUUGAGCAACACGCCUCUCAGAAAGAUUACUCUAAAGGCUUUGGAGGGAAGUUCGGAGUGCAGAAGGAGAGAGUGGAUAAAGCGGCUCUGGGUUACGAUUAUAAAGGAGAAACCGAGAAACACGAGUCACAGAAAGAUUACUCUAAAGGCUUUGGAGGGAAGUUCGGAGUGCAGAAGGAGAGAGUGGAUAAAGCGGCUCUGGGAUACGAUUAUAAAGGAGAAACUGAGAAACACGAGUCACAGAAAGAUUACUCUAAAGGCUUUGGAGGGAAGUUCGGAGUGCAGAAGGAGAGAGUGGAUAAAGCGGCUGUGGGAUACGAUUAUAAAGGUGAAACUGAGAAACACGAGUCACAGAAAGACUAUGCUAAAGGUUUCGGAGGACGGUACGGUGUCCAGGCCGACCGCGUGGAUAAGAGCGCCGCCUCCUUCAGUGAAAUGGAGUCUCCCACAUCGUCCUACGAGAAAACUCAACCGCUCGAGGCCUCACGCUCAGGAGCCGGAAACCUGAAGUCCCGCUUUGAGAACAUGGCGAAGACGGCGGAGGAGGAGAACAGGAAGCGAGCAGAGGAGGAGAGAGUGAGGAGACAGGCACGAGAAAAAAGAGAAAAAGAGGAGGCACAGAAGAGACAAGAGGUGACCAGCUGUGAGUAUGAGGAGGAGGAACAGAGGCCUCCUGUUAUCCCUGAAGCUGUGAAAUCAUCACAGGACUUCAGACCACUUCCUGAAAUUCCCAGAGACUCUCCCAAUCCUGUACCUCAGGCAGAUGAUGAACAGCCUGAAAACGACUACGAUGAGCCGCCGUCACUUCCCCCCCGAUCUGAUGACCUGUUAGAGGAAGACGACUCUGCUCCUCCUCCUCUUCCUCAAAGAAACAUCGAAGAAGCAGAGUAUGAGGACCUCGGAUCAGCUCGUUACACCGAGGAAGACGACUCUGCUCCUCCUCCUCUUCCUCAAAGAAUCAUCGAUGAAGGAGACUACGAGGAUCUCGGAUCAGCUAAUUACACCGAGGAAGACAACUGUGCUCCUCCUCCGCUUCCUCAAAGAAACAUCGAUGAAGGAGACUACGAGGAUCUCGGAUCAGCUCAGUACACCGCUGUUGAGAAUGAUUACGAAGAUAUACACACAGGCAGCAAAUCAGCCAGGGCUCUGUACGACUAUCAGGGCGAGGCGGAUGACGAGAUCUCCUUCGUGCCUGAUGACAUCAUCACUAAUAUCGAGAUGGUGGACGAGGGCUGGUGGAAGGGAAACUGUCACGGCCGCACCGGCCUUUUCCCAGCAUCCUUUGUGCAGCUCAUGUAGACAAAAUCCCAGACACCACCCCAUAUUUCCACUUGAAUUACUUCUUUCUCUCUUCAUUUGUUCUGUUACUGACCACAGGGUUGCCAGAUCUGCUGGUUUGAAUUUGUCUCUGAUUUGAACCUCAUACAGUCAGACAGGUGUAGCGUUGUGUGUGUGAUAUUAAUAUUAUUAUUAUUAAUAUUAUUAUUAUUACUAUUAUUAUUAUUAUUAUUAUUAUUAUUAGUGCUUCAUCAACGCCACAAACAUUCCCAGAUGUGCGAUAAAGUGCGUUCUGCGUACCAGGUGUGUGUCGAAGUUACAUUUUCAUAUCAUGACAACUGCGCAGUAUUUUAUCGCGGUUUACGAUGUUAUCAAAUCAUGUUAUUUUACUAUACGUUCAAAAAUAUCUCAUUUUUAUUUACGAGAUAUAUAGAGUCAACAUACUGGGACGCGCUUUCUUUAUAGGAGUCGAAACGCACCACAAAGUAUUGGCAACCGUUCCUCUUGAAGUAGCCGUGCAUGUUAAAUAUCAGUUUCGGAGCACGUGAGCGACACGCGGCUCAAUAUUCCGCUCCGCUCCGUCGCUCACAGGCCGAGCGAACGCUCCGCUUCACGUGAAAUUUCUCUGUGGUAUACUCGUCUCUGUUUGUGGUGCAUUGCUUGAAUAAAUGCCUCAGUUACAGUAGUAGAGAUAAUAGUGAUGUUGACCUUCUGUUACAGGCUGAGCUUUUUAUUCAUUCGAUUAAUUUAUUGAAAUAAAUUUACCGUUUACGUAUCACAUCCUCCUGCUUUCUGGCCGCGUAAGAUCUUUGCUAACUCUCCCCCUCUCGCUCUCCACUCUCCCUUUCGAUUUCUUCUCCUUCCUCGUGAGAGUUUUACCGUGUAUUCAUGUAGAAGGUUUGAACUGCACGACCUCCACUGCGCAUGCUCUGCUCACUAUAUUCUGUAACCGCUUAUUGUCCGUGUGGAUAAAAUACAGAUUUGGCAACACGACCCGAACAAUCCGGUGCGGUAUGUAAGGAAUAAAUCAGUGUGUAUAGUGCUGUUUACACCCCGAUGUGGUAUUUUUCCUAAAACAGCACGCCCCAAAAUGAUUUAAUCUUCUCCUACUACAGCAAUCGAGUAUAUAUUUCUAUUUAUUUAAAAAAUUAUACUUUUUUUUUUUAUCCAUUUCAUGUUAAACCGGUCAGUUCCUGUUCUCACUUAUGUUACAGCAGCUAUAAAAAGUCUCUCUGUCUCCGGCCUCUCAAAAUGAAUAGCUGUUGCUAUAGAAACGAUAAUGUAUCAGAACGAGCGCAAUAAUAUAAACCUACGCUGCUGUUCUAGAAAACUAAUCAACACCACCUUCUGACCAAUCAGAGUCCAGGAUUCAGCAGCGUCGCAGUAACUGCCAGUACAUUCCAUCAGUCCGGAAACAUUAAUCACGAUACUGCAAUGUUUAAAGACCUUUUCAAAAUUAAUGAAUGUUUUAUUGAGUGUUUAUUAAAAAUAAGCUGGAUAAUA